UUUUCUUCAAUUUACAGAUAUUUUAUUUAAUCUAAAAAAAACGAAAAGCUUAUCCAUAUUUAUGAGCUGAUUAUUUAAAACAAACAAACAACCACUUAAAAAAUGAGUGAAAUUAGCGCUCUAUUACGUGAAUUUAAAUUAAAUGAAGACAAUGCCAAUGAUCAAGAUAAUGAUGAUGAUGAUGAGAAUGAACUUGACGAAGAAAAUGAUGCAUUACAAGAAACAAAUAGUUUAGAUGAAUUUCAAAAUAGUCAAGAAUGCAAAGAAUUAAAUCCACUCUAUCUACCAGAUAAUUAUGAUAUGCUUCCAGAAUCAUUUGACCAGUCAACAUUUCCACAAUCUUAUCAAGAAAAUAAUUUAAAAGAAGCAUAUCUUAUAAAAUAUUGUGAAAAUUUUUGUCGACAAUAUGCUCAUCUAUGUCCUGAUCGUACAAAAUUAUUCAUUACACCAAUGAAUGAAUGUAAUAUACCGAAAUUUGUUUGUACUACAUUGAGUAAAACAUAUUUAAAUUAUACUGAAUUAUAUGAAUGGUAUGGUGCAGCUAAAUUUGUGGCGGAUUUUCUUAGCUUUGUACCAUUGUUACCCACUACUGAAUUGCCUAAACGAUUAUUAAGUCCAAUGACUACAGUGAAUUUACAAAAAGGCACAUGUUUUGAAUAUGCGACAUUGUUAUGUUCAUUAUUGAUUGCAGCUGGUUAUGAUGCUUAUGUUGUUAGUGGUUAUGCCACAAGAGAAUGUUGUUAUAUGGAUGAGACUAGAGAACAAUGUCCAUAUCUACCUACUGAUGAAGAUGACCUCAAUGAAACUAACAAUACUGGGAAUAAUGAUGAAUCUAAGCCAGCACGAUAUGUUAUGAAACCAGCGAAAGAUUUAGCAUCCAAGUAUGAACAGACCAUGGCGUUGAGAGAUGUACAGUCGGAAGCGGAACGUGUGAAACAAGCAAAAAUCACAGCACAACGUGCAGAAGAAGCAAUGUAUAAGCCAGCGGUGGAUCCAUUAUUUGCGCUUAGAAUACAUGCAUGGGUUUUAAUAUUACCAGGGAAACGUGAAGUACCUGAAGCAUUUUUCAUUGAAUCACUUACAGGUUUAUCGAAACCAUUAGAUUGUUCAAUGUAUUUAGGCAUUGAAAGUUUAUGGAAUAAUCAAAAUUAUUGGGUAAAUAUGCAAGAUUGUUCAACUGGUAUAUCACAUUUAAAUUAUAAUCUCAAUGAUAGUCAAUAUUGGGAAUAUUUAUUACCGGAUGAUAGUUUGUCUAUUCGUCAAAAAAAAUUUUCAACUAUUCAACAGUCAGAUAUGUUUAAUGUGCCUAAUAUAGUAAGCCAGUCAAUAUCACCUUUAUUAAUGAAACCUAAUUCAGUACAAUCAAAAAUUAAUCCUUAUAAUCCUAGUAAUAAUGAUUCUCUUUGUCUAAUUGAUAGUACACAUCAAACACGUGGAAAAAUACACAUUGAACCAAUCGAUAAUUUACAAGAGAAACCAUUAUUAUUAGAUUUACCGCCAACAUGGACUUUACCAAUUCAAAUUGAACGUGAAUUAUUUCAAUUACGCUAUCCAAAUGGUUUUAAAAAGAAACAAUAUAAAUAUUCAAUUGUAGAACAUUUUGCACCAUAUUCACAAUCGGAUGGUUUAAUUUUAAGAUUAACCAUUUUUAAAGAUCGUGAAUUAACUACUCCAAUUGAAGUAAGAGAAACUUAUGCAAAUCGUAAAGAUAAAUUAAUCAAUCGUAAUAUAAUUUUAAGUACUAAUUGGAUAGUUGAUAAAUUUGAUCAUGGUCGUCAAUCGAGUCAUUUAGCUGAACAUGGUUAUUAUAGAACACAACAAAGUUUACGUGCUAUACGUUAUAUGAUAUUUUAUCAUGAUGCUCGUGUGGAUGGUUUGUAUAAACGUGAACAAACAACUGAUACAAUGAUUGAACAUUUCAAAGAUAGACAAGAUCGUCUUUAUUAUCGUGAAGUACAUUUUGGUGAACAAAUUAAGAAAUUUGGCCCAGCACCAACACAGUAUAAAGAAAAUCUAGAUGCUUUCGGUUUAUCUACAACUAGUCAAUUGAAUAUUGAUAAAAUCAUUGAACGAUUUACACGUAAUGAAGAUGAAGAUGCAGAUGAAGAUGUUGCUGAAAGAAUAUUUAAUAUAGUCGAAGAGAAAAUCUCUCUUACUUAUCAUAUUAGUAAAGAACGUAUUGUACCAUGUACAAGAGAGUUUAAUAAACCUCCACCUUCAGAUGAACGAAGAGAUGGUAUCCCAUUUUAUCCAGAUACGCAUACAUCAUUUGAAGUGGAUUUAUUUGCUGAACCUAAAACACAAGUUGAACUUUAUAAUAUGCUUAUUAAUUUAAUGGCCGAAGAAGAGAAAUCCAAAGAAUUAAUUCACAAGUCAGAAUUUGAAAUCCAAUCAAUAUUGAAUGAACGUACAACAGAAGAUUUACAAGUCAUCUUAGACAUUGAUCUCUUUGAUACACUACGUAAUGUAGAAGCACAAAAAUUACGUAUAGAAUUAGAAAGACUCGCUGAAAUUGAACGAAAUCGUGCUAAAGAAGUGGAAUUCGAUUAUUUGGGACCAUAUUUAGCACAAAUUGAAAUAAUCAAUAAUAAAUUGACAUUUGAACAAGCAAUCACAGUUCGUAAUGAAUGCUUGCAUGAUUUUAAACAACGUUUAAUCAAUAAAGCUAAUAUUAUUCAAUCACGUUUAGAGAAAGAAACUGAUAAUCUUCUGAAAAAACAACAAUGGUAUCAUUUGAAUCAAAUGAAUUUAACUAAAGAAGAUGAACAAGCCUACUUACUUUAUUGUAAUGAAGCAACAUUUAAAAUUCAUACAUUAGAAUCAUCCUUAUCAUGGCACAAAUUAACAGCACCACAAAAAUAUAUGGAUUUAGAGAAGAAAUUGAAAUCUGAUCCAAGAUUGUCGGAAUUAUUAGUGCAUAUUAAUUAAAUGUAAUGAGAUGAUCAAUUAUUGAA